GAUCGGGCGGCGGCGCUGGGCCGGAGGGCGCGCGGGGCCAGGCGGGCGGCGGCGGCGGCGGCGGCGGCGGCGGCGGGGCAGCAGCAUGGGCUCCCGGAGGGCCCCCAGCCGGGCCUGGGGCGCGGGCGGCGGCCGGGCCUGGGCCCGGGGCGAGCGCGAGGACGACGGCCCCGUGUGGACGCCCAGCCCCACCAGCCGCAGUUACCUGCUGGGGGUGCGGCCGGAGACCAGCUUAUCAAGCAGCCGGUUGUCUCUCCCCAGCUCUGGAAGGAGCACCUUCUGCUCCAUCAUUGCUCAGCUCACAGAGGAGACCCAGCCAGUGUUCGAGACCACACUCAAGUCCCAAGCUGUGUCCAAGGACAGCGACGUCAGGUUCACCUGCAUCAUCACAGGGUACCCAGAGCCAGAGGUGACCUGGUACAAGGACGACACGGAGCUGGACCGCUACUGUGGCUUGCCAAAAUAUGAGAUCACGCACCAGGGCAAACGCCACACACUGCAGCUCUACAGGUGUCAAGAAGAAGAUGCUGCCAUCUACCAGGCCUCCGCCCGCAACACCAAGGGCAUCGUGUCCUGCUCGGGGGUUCUGGAGGUGGGCACCAUGACCGAGUACAAGAUCCACCAGCGCUGGUUCGCCAAGCUGAAGUGCAAGGCCGAGGCAAAGAUGCGGGAGAUCGAGCAGAGCUGGAAGCGCGGGAAGGAGGUGGUGGGAGAGGCGGACACACUGCGCAAGCUCAGCCCGGACCGCUUCCAGCGAAAGCGGCGGCUGAGUGGGGCUGAGAUGCCAGUCCCCGCAGCCCCCAGCAGGGAGGCUGAGGACAGGACCUCCGCAGCUUGGCAGGAGGGGGAGACCGAGCCCGGUCAGCACCCAGGUUUGAGCCUGAUCAACAGCUUUGCCCCCGGAGAGGUGACCACCAAUGGAGAUGCUGUCCCUGAGAACGGGGAGGACGGGGAUCACAGCCUUUUGACAUACAUCUGCGAGGCCAUGGACCUGGGGCCUCAGAGAGCCCCCCAGAAGGAGUCUGGGGCCAAGAAGAAAAAGAAAGACGAGGAACCUAAGCCAGGCCUGCGGAAGCCAGAGUUAGAGAAGGCAGCUCGAGGUCACCGCUCUGAAAACUGCGUCCCUAGUUCAGACACGCCUGACGCCUGCGGGACACAGGGGCCCAUGGACGCGGAGCAGAUCCAGGCCUGGUCCAGAGGCCGGGCUGCACGGGGGCCUGGGGCCUCCGGAGUAGAAAGCACCAGGAAGCCAGCCUCUGCCGUGGGCUCUCCAGACCAGGCCCGGAAUGCCCCAGCCCCUGGCCCAGGCCCAGACCAGGAAGUCUAUUUCUCCCUGAAGGACAUGUAUCUGGAGAGCACGCAGGCGGUCAGGCCUCAGGGGGAAGAAGGGUACCACACACAGAGCGGCAGGGAAUCUAGAGAGAGGCCCUCAGGGAAGGUGCCCAGUGAGGCAAAAAGUGAGACGGGGCCUCCCGCCCCUGGCCAGCCGAUACCUCCAGCCCCUCAGCCAGCAAGGCCUUUCAACCGGAAGAGGUUUGCCCCUCCAAAGCCCAAAGGGGAGCCCACCACCAACAGCAAGCCUGAUGCUCCCCUGAAUCCACUUCCCGAACCCGGAGCCCAGAGCUUAGGGAAGGCUGCACCCCAGGCUUCUGCCCAGGUGCCCACACCUCCUGCCCGGCGGAGAUACGGCACACGGGACAGCCCCUUGCAGGGACAAGCAGGACGUGGGACUCCAGGAGAGGCCCCGGAGUCCCAGGCAACCAUGGCUCCCACUGUAUCGGCCAGCGGCAGCACUGGUACAGCCUCUGCUGGUGGCAGCACCCCCAGGAGUCAGGGCGUCCUGGAGCCCAUGGACACAGAAACUCAGGAGAGCAGAACAUAUGCUGACUGGAGACACGGAGGCACGAAGAAUUCAGAGACGGAUGGGAAGAUGCAGGUGGACGCGAGGACACAGGCAGACAGGAAGACACAGAUGGACAUUGUGGCACAAGAAAGCGAGAGGACAGAGUCAGGCAGGCGUGCCCAGAAGGAUGUGGUAGGUCAGGGAAGGACAGGGACACAGGAAAACAGGAAGACACAGGCAGGUGAGAAGACACAGGAAGACAGGAUACAGGAAGACAGGGGGACACAGUCAGAGGGGGGUGUACCCAUAGCCACUAAAGUUCAGUCCGAGAAGAAGUCAGUGACCAACCUCAGCCCACAGUCCAGAGCCCCUGAACGGAGCCUUUCAGAGGGCCCCACUUCUCAGAUGAUUGCAAGGUCCUCUGUCCCAGAAAAACCUGGCUUCACGCUCAGAUCUGGGGAGGCAUCAGAGACGGCCUCUGGUAACCAAGAGGAAACAGGGGGCCUCAGGCUCCCAGCACAGCUGCUUCCUGAGGAGCAGACGGGAGGAGGGAGGUGUUGGGGGCCGGAGUGGCCAGGCCCAGCCAAGGACAAGCCGGAGGAUAGCCUGUUCCAGCGCCCCAAGGAGGAGCAGCCGGGGGAGGUGCUGUCUGUGGAUGUGGGGGGCUCUCCUCCCGCAGGCCUGAGCCCAAACGUGCCUACUCUGCCUUCUCCUGCUGGCACUGGCCUGACCCACAGCUCCCAGCAGGGGCUGCCCAGCACCCCCACUUCUCAGCGCAUGCGUGCAGCUGCCAUCUUGCCCUCUGGGGACCAGGCCUUGCUGAGUUCUGCAUCCUCAGUGCACCUGGGGUCUGGGACCCCCACCCAGAAUCACCCACCAGAAACCAGAGCGGCCAGCAGUGAGGGAGCCUGCGCCAAGAUGUCAGAUGGGGAAGGGAGGCCCACAGGCGCCCAGAGCUGCGACCCUGGCCUCAUAGAUUCCCUGAAGAAUUACUUGCUUCUCCUGCUGAAGCUGUCCAGCACAGAGACGAGUGGAGGGGGCACCAAGUCCCAGGAAGGAGCUGCCCCCAGGGGUUUGGCGCCCUCACCCACACUGGCCCCCACUCUGGAGGUGGCUGGUCUGAGUCCGCAGACAUCACGGCGCAUCCUGGAGCGUGUGGAAAACGACAAUCUGGUGCAGAGUGCACAGACGCUGCUGCUCAGCCCCUGCACCUCCCGCCGCAUCACCGGCCUCCUGGACCGUGAGGUGCAGGCUGGCCAGCAGGCCCUGGCUGCUGCCCGGAGCCCUGGCUCCAGCCCCCUCGCCGUGCCUGCCAUCGUGGUAGGCGAGGAGGACCCUGGGCUGACCUCAGGAGAGUCCAGUAAGGGUGAGGGAGAGGUUCCCCUUGAGAGGCCUGGUCUCCUGGGAACCUCUCAAGAGAGCGGUGUGGGGGAGGCAGGUGGGCAGGGAGCCUUCAGUCCGGAACCCCUCUCAGCAGAGAGCAGAGCCCAGGAACCCUCCCGAGGGGAGGAGCUCCGACCGGAGGCGCCAACAGGUCUCCCUGCAGCCACCCCUGAGGAACUGGCCCUGGGGGCGCGGAGGAAGCGGUUUCUCCCCAAGGCCAGAGCAGCAGGGGAUGGGGAGGCAGCCAAGCCCGAAGAGAGGGAGAGCCCCACGGUGUCCCCCCGGGGCCCCAGAAAGGGCCUCACACCUGGGUCCCCAGGGACCCUGGGGCGGGAGAAGCGCUCUCCUACCCAGGGCCGAAAGGCAGGCCUGCUGGAGGUGCCCCGGGCAGAGGAGGAGCAGGCGGCAGGAGACCCGGGCCCCAGCCCCAAGCCCAGCGGGCCCGAUGCAGAGCUGAGCCUGGAGGAAGACAAGCAGGAAAGCCCGGGCAAGGCGAGGAAAGCCAAGGACCUGCUCAAAGCCCCACAGGUAAUUCGAAAGAUUCGAGUGGAGCAGUUUCCGGACGCCUCGGGGAGCCUGAAGCUCUGGUGCCAGUUUUUCAACAUUCUUAGUGACUCAGUCUUGACUUGGGCCAAGGAUCUGCACCCAGUGGGCGAAGUGGGCAGGAGUGCAGGGGACGAGGGGCCGGCGGCCUUGGCCAUCGUGCAGGCGUCCCCCGUGGACUGUGGCAUGUACCGAUGCACCAUCCACAAUGAGCACGGCUCGGCCUCCACUGACUUCUGCCUCAGCCCCGAGGUGUUGUCAGGAUUCAUCUCCAGAGAAGAAGGUGAAGUUGGAGAAGAGAUUGAAAUGACUCCCAUGGUGUUUGCUAAGGGUCUGGCUGACUCUGGCUGCUGGGGAGACAAGCUCUUUGGGCGCCUGGUGAGCGAGGAUCUACGAGGGGGUGGACAUAGGUACAGCCUUCGGAAGGCCUCCCGGGCCAAGGUCAUCUACGGGCUGGAGCCCAUCUUUGAGUCAGGCCGCACGUGUGUCAUCAAGGUGUCCAGCCCUCUGGUGUUUGGGCCCAGCAGUGAGACUUCCCUCCUGGGCAGGAACUAUGAUGUCACCAUUCAGGGGUGCAAGAUCCAGAACAUGAGUCGGGAGUAUUGCAAGAUCUUCGCAGCGGAAGCCCGGGCUGCACCUGGCUUCGGAGAGGUGCCUGAGAUCAUUCCGCUGUACCUGAUCUACCGGCCUGCAAACAAUAUCCCGUACGCCACGCUGGAGGAGGACCUGGGCAAGCCCCUGGAGCCGUACUGUUCCCGGGAAUGGGGCUGUGCUGCCGCACCAGCAUCAGGCAGCUCGGAGGCCAUACAGAAGUGCCAGGCCUUCCAGCACUGGCUGUACCUGUGGACAAAUGGCAGCUUCCUGGUCACAGAUCUGGCAGGGGUUGACUGGAAGAUGACUGAUGUGCAGAUUGCCACCAAGCUGCGAGGAUACCAAGGCCUCAAGGAGAGCUGUUUCCCUGCCCUGCUGGACCAGUUUGCUUCCUCCCACCAGUGCAACACCUUCUGUGAGAUGCUGGGGCUGAAAGCCCUCAAGGGCCCCGAGGCUGCCCAAGCCAAGGCCAAAGGCUCCAAGAGUCCAUCUGCCGGCAGGAAGGGCCCCCAGCUGAGUCCUCAGCCCCAGAAGAAAGGCUUCCCCAGCCCCCAGGGCUCCCGGAAGAGCACCCCAAGCUCCAAAGCCACUUCUCAGGCCUCAGGGGCAGUCGGCACUCAGUUACUGGGACAGCCACCCAGCCAAGAGGGGGGCUCCAAGGCCCAGGGCACGCGGUAGCCCCUACAGGAGGCUGGGGGCCUCCACCCAGCAGCAGACCAACAAGGAAGCAGCUUGAACCGAUGGAGACUUUCCCGAUACAGACAAAGCGGAGACGUGCACUGAGCGGGCACCACAUGGGGGCCUCUCUGCGCAGCCUCUCAGUCAGCUCCGCCUCAGACGGCUUUGGUGCAUGGCACACAGCCUGGUGGCCUCUCCCGGUGCCAUGUCACCAGGGCUCCCAGGCCCCACCUCCAUGUUUCCCAGGGGCUGAGGCCCUCCUUGAAGUUUACACUGGCCACUGCUGGAGGCUCCCUGAGUCCUCUGCAUGAGUUCUGCACCCUGACCCCUUGCCCCAGCCAGACCCUGCCAUGCAGGCCAGCACUUACCCUCUGCCCUUUGAUCGACCCUGACCUCAGGGCUUCGGGCUGCCUCUGCUGUGUGACUCUCAGGGUGUCUUCUCUUUCAGACUACUUUGCCUCAUUCAUCCCAGCUUACCCUGCAACUAACCUGUUCCUGUGCCCCAUUUUGGCCUGUGCAGUCUUUAUGUGGUAGUCUUUGGGGGCACGUAUUCUUGCUUUCUUCCCCCUUCACCCAGGCACUCACUUGCCUGCUUCCCAUGCUUUCUUGCAUCCCACCUACCAUCCCUGGCUUUGAGCGCAGUUGCAGCCUGCUGCCUGCCCUUCACUGACUCUGCUUGUUCCCUUGCCUGUUGGCUUUUCUAGCCUGACCUACCCCCAUCCACCAGGACCCAGGUAAUGAGAAGACCCUCUGGCCUCUGGUAUACCCCUGUCUACUCCUCCCCUGCUUUUCCCAGGCCCUUUGCCUGUGAGGUGAGAACAGGAACAAGGGUUGUGUCAGCAGCUGUGGCCAGAGGGAAAGUGUGGACUCUGAGGACCUUGUGCUCCAUAUUGAAGGAGGAUGGAGAGCUGGGACUCUUCUCCACGGGGAAAUGGCAUGAGAGUUUUAGGAAGGAUAUAAACCAUCUACCUGCUGUGAGGGCUGUCUCUGAGCCUGGGACUUAGGACCCCGAUCCCCAACCAUUAGCUCUUAAUCCUGAAGCUCCAGCUCCGGGACCUCAUUUAUGGGCCCCAAGGAAUGGCUGUGCUCAGCCCAGUGCUGAACGCCUAACCUGGAAACUCCCAAUGGGGCUGGUCUGGAGCUAGCCUGCUCCCCCUGGAAUGCAAUAAAGGCAGCAACUGUGUUUCCUGCUCUCCCUC